GCUGCCCCGAGCCCGGAGGAGGCUGCUGAGCCCCGGGCCAUGGUCCCUUCUCGCAGGACGUGGAACCUGGGAGCCACGCCCUCGCUGCGGGGCCUGUGGAGAGUGGGCCGGGCCGCGGAGCAGGAGCCGGGGAUGGCUCGCCCCGCCCCAGCCGCUGCCAGCCCGGCUGCCCGCCCUUCCCCGCACACCGGCCUGGGGAGGUUGAGAACUGGGCGUGGAAAAGACACGGUCGGCGGCGUUGGCGACGAGGACUCUGGUGGCCGCAGUGCAGCCCGCCCAGCCCUAGCACAGUGCCGAGCGCUCAGCGUGGACUGGGCUGGCCCUGGGAGUCCCCACAGGCUCUACCUGACCUUACAGCAGGCCCUGCAGGACAAGGGGUACGAGAGCAAGAGUCAGGGGACGAAAGAAGAGAAGCUCCUGAAGCGGCCGGCGCCGGCCCCCAGGCGGGAGCGGGAGCGGGAGGCCCCGGAAGCCGGUGGCACCGUGAAUGUAGAGAAACCAGGUGGGCGGCUCUUUGGCAGCGGGAGGUGCUCGAGCCUGUCGGGGUCGCCAGGGGCGGCCCCUGUUGUGCACAGGAUGGUGGAAGCCAUGUCCCAGCUGCAGGAGGAGAAGGCCCAGCUGCAGGAGGAGCUGGUGGUCCUGCGGGAGAGGCUGGCCCUCCACGACAGCGACCAGCAAGUCGCAGCCGCCCAGCUGCAGAACCAGGUGGAAAACCUGAAGGAGAAGCUCAUCAGCCAGGCCCAGGAAGUGAGCCGACUUCGAUCAGAGCUGGGAGGCACCGACUUGGAGAAGCUGCGGGACCGGCUGACGGUGGAGAAUGAGCGGCUGAGGCAGGAGCUGCGGCGCUGUGAGGCCGAGCUGCAGGGGCUGCGGGCACAGCCGGCCGUGGCGGCGGCGGCAGCGCCCUGCCCGGGCUGCGAACACAGCCAGGAGAGCGCCCAGCUCCGGGACAAGCUGUCCCAGCUGCAGCUGGAAGUGGCGGAGAACAAAGGCGUGCUGUCCGAGCUGAACCUGGAGGUGCAGCAGAAGACGGACCGGCUGGCCGAGGUGGAGCUGCGCCUCAAGGACUGCCUGGCCGAGAAGGCGCAGGAGGAGGAGCGGCUCAGCCGGCGCCUGCGCGACAGCCACGAGACCAUCGCCAGCCUGCGGGCCCAGUCCCCGCCUGUCAAGUAUGUCAUCAAGACGGUGGAGGUGGAGUCGCCCAAGACCAGGCAGGCGCUCAGCGAGUCCCAGGCCCGGAACCAGCACCUGCAGGAGCAGGUGGCCAUGCAGCGGCAGGUGCUGAAGGAGAUGGAGCAGCAGCUGCAGAGCUCGCACCAGCUGACCACGCAGCUCCGUGCACAGAUUGCCAUGUACGAGGCGGAGCUGGAGCGGGCGCACGGACAGAUGCUGGAGGAGAUGCAGUCCCUGGAGGAGGACAAGAACCGGGCCAUCGAAGAGGCCUUUGCCAGAGCCCAGGUGGAAAUGAAGGCCGUGCACGAGAACCUGGCAGGUGAGGCGGUCGCUGGAGCCCUGCCCGCCCCUGACCUCGCCGCGGCCCCUCCCACCCCGCCCGAGCCCUGCCCACCGCCCCCACUCCGCCGUGGCCCCUUCUACCCCGCCCGAGCCCUGCCCACCGCCCCCGGCUUCCCCCUGCUGCUGCAGGAGGCCCUCCGGAGUGUCAAGGCUGAAAUUGGCCAGGCCAUCGAGGAGGUCAACAGCAACAACCAGGAGCUGCUGCGCAAGUACCGCCGGGAGCUGCAGCUGCGCAAGAAGUGCCACAACGAGCUCGUGCGGCUGAAAGGGAACAUCCGGGUGAUUGCUCGUGUCCGGCCAGUCACCAAAGAGGAUGGGGAAGGCCCGGAGGCGACCAACGCAGUGACCUUCGACCCUGAUGACGACUCCAUCAUCCACCUGCUGCACAAGGGCAAGCCCGUGUCCUUUGAGCUGGACAAGGUCUUCUCGCCGUGGGCCUCGCAGCAGGACGUGUUCCAGGAGGUGCAGGCCCUGGUCACCUCCUGCAUCGACGGCUUCAACGUCUGCAUCUUCGCCUAUGGCCAGACGGGCGCUGGCAAGACGUACACCAUGGAGGGAACCCCCGAGAACCCUGGCAUCAACCAGCGGGCACUGCAGCUGCUCUUCUCCGAGGUGCAGGAGAAGGCGUCCGACUGGGAGUACAACAUCACCGUCAGCGCCGCCGAGAUCUACAACGAGGUCCUCAGGGACCUGCUGGGGAAGGAGCCUCAGGAGAAGCUGGAGAUCCGGCUGUGCCCAGAUGGCAGUGGGCAGCUGUAUGUGCCAGGACUGACCGAGUUCCGGGUGCAGAGUGUGGACGACAUCAACAAGGUGUUUGAGUUCGGCCACACCAACCGCACGACGGAGUUCACCAACCUGAAUGAGCACAGCUCCCGCUCGCACGCCCUGCUCAUCGUGACGGUGCGGGGCACGGACUGCAGCACGGGCCUGCGCACCACGGGGAAGCUGAACCUGGUGGACCUGGCUGGCUCAGAGCGCGUGGGCAAGUCGGGAGCCGAGGGCAGCCGCCUGCGGGAGGCGCAGCACAUCAACAAGUCGCUGUCGGCGCUGGGGGACGUCAUUGCCGCCCUGCGCUCGCGCCAGGGCCACGUGCCCUUCCGCAACUCCAAGCUCACCUACCUGCUGCAGGACUCGCUCAGCGGCGACAGCAAGACCCUCAUGGUGGUGCAGGUGUCCCCUGUGGAGAAAAACACCAGCGAGACGCUCUACUCGCUCAAGUUUGCCGAGCGGGUACGCUCUGUGGAGCUGGGCCCUGGGGCUCGGCGCACAGAGCUGGGGUCCUGGUCCAGCCAGGAGCAUCUGGAGUGGGAGCCAGCUUGCCAGGCACCGCAGCCCUCAGCACGUGCCCACUCAGCCCCCGGCUCAGGGACCACGAGCCGUGCGGGCUCCAUCCGAAGGAAGCUGCAGCCCUCGGGGAAGUCGAGGCCCUUGCCUGUGUGAUGGAUGGACAGCCGGCCGUGCUCGCCGGCUCGCAGGAGACAGGGACGUCCCGGCCCCUCGCAGAGCAAGAAGCAGCGGCUCGGGCUCACCAGUGGCGCGGACGGCGUGAGCUGCAAGGGUGGGCUGGCCAGCUGCCCCCAGGCCCGCGGGGUCUCCCAGAAGGCACCGAGGGGCUCCAGCCACGUGUACAUAGCAUUCCCGGGGCGCGGGGCCUCAGCUGCUCCCCCCGGCGCCUGGCAGCAGGCACUCCAGCGUUCCCACCUCUCCCCCUCUGAAGUCCUAUUUAAGAACUUUUGGAAGCGUAGCCAUUUUUACUUCUUAAAAUAAAAGCCUUUUUUUACACGA